AUCUUCUUCCAUAAAACCGUUCAAGAGUCAGCUAGUAUAGAUCCCCCUUCCCUCUUUUGGCUCACCAAUGAAUGCUGAUCAGUGGUUUUUCACAAAAGAUGAGAUUCAAGAGACACCAAGCAUUUUAGAUGGAAGAACAUUUGAAGAAGAACAAACAGAUCGCAUUAAAGGGUGUCAUUAUUUAUUAUCUGUUGGUGCCAAACUGAGGCUUCCUACACUUGUCGUUGUUACAGGAUGCACCUUUUUCCACAAGUUUUACAUGAGACAGUCCAUGGCUAGAUUUCACGUUUAUGAUAUAGCAGCGACUUGUUUAUUUGUUGCUACAAAAGUUGAAGAAUGUACAAGGCGGCUUAAAGAUAUUGUUAUUGCCUGUGCUCAAAAAGCUCAAAAAAAUGAUGAUUUAAGGCUGGACGAAGGCUCAAAAGAUUUUGUGCGAUGGAAGGAAACACUACUCUAUAACGAGAUUAUAGUAUUAGAGACUCUUUGUUUUGAUUUAUCAGUGGAGCAUCCCCAUAUGAGUCUCAUGAACUUGGAAUCACAGUUAAAUGUAUCACAAUCUUCAAUACGCAAAGCAUGGAUGCUGUUAUACCAAAGUCUUGGAGCACCGUUAUGCUUAAUCUAUAAACCGAAGACCAUAGCUAUGGCUGCUGUAUUGCUAGCUACCAACUUCUCAGCAUCAGACAAACUUGGCGAAAAUUGGUUUGAGAGUUUAGAUAGUGAUGUGGAUGCUGAAGAGGUUUAUGAUCUAGCAGUGCAAAUGCUCGAUUAUUAUAAAGCACAUUACCUCGUGAGAAGUUCGAGCUCUCAAGCGAACUCUCCGCACCCUUCUCAGUUCCACAACCACUAUACAAACGGGCAUUAGUUCUUUUGUCAUCAUCUUACGUUAGUAUUCCUAAAAUUUUUAUUUCUAUUCCCUUAGCCCCAUCUAAUUAGCAAAACAGCAGAAACCUGGUCAUAGUAGGAAUUAUAUAUAUAUCCCAUCGUUUACUGCUGAUUCGUUAUUAACUGACGAAAAGCCUACUCAAAUUUUACAUUGUACAGUUCAAAGGACGCGUAUUGUUCUUUACGAGAAUUUAUGGUCACAAAAAAAAAAAAAAAAAAAA